AUGGCGGCCGAGAUGCCAUCUCGUGCCUCCUACCUUGUGUAUUAUAUUGUAUGGAGGGUGAAUUUGAGCAAAUUAUCUCGAAAAUUCGUUUGAGCAAAGGGCAACAACAACUAACUGCAGAGUAAGUUUUAUUGACCUUUAUAUAGUAUUUCCUAGAAAUUUUAGGAUCGUAUUUUUACCCCAUACAAACACUGUAAUCUUACUGGAACCGUACUUUGGUACCAUAAGAGAGCCUGGCUUACCUGUGCUCAAACCCACUAUAAUCCGUGCCAGCAAAUUAUAUUUUUUCCGUUUAUUUUAAGUUUGUAAUGACAAUGUACACCUCAGUAAUAAAUAAACAUUCCAUAAAAAAUAGUUUUAGUCUUUUAGUAUUAAUUUAUUCGUAGUAGGAUUUAAUGUAACACACGGCUCGAUGGAAGACCAUAUCAUAUUUGUAAAUACGAAUUGAUAACGUAUUUAAAUAAAGCUAAAAGGAAUAUUACGAUCCUACGAGGCGAUGGUAAAGGGAAUAUCAAGAAAUAUGAGUUUAGAAGGCAAAACAAAAACUUUGCUCGUGCGUCUCAGUUUUUUGUACAUUUCUUUGUCGUUUUGCACGACUACGACGUGAAUUUGCCUAAUUUUACACUUUAUGCAGGACGUAAACAAGCGACGACGAAAUUUCAUUUCUCUUUGUGAACGUGGAUAGGGAUCCUAGGAAUUUAACUCCAGGGGGGUUCGCAUACUUUUGAUAAAGUAAAUGGGUGGGAAAAAUGGCGAUAAAGACUGGAAGAAUUAAUUAAGGACCAGGGUCGUCGGAAAAAGUCCCUAGACAGUACGUGUAAGAAGACUGCAGACUGCACUGACUGAGAUUGCGGACCAGGGUAAAAUGCAGGCUGGGUGCAAAAAAAUGCAGGCUGGGUGCAAAAUGCAGAAAUGAAGACUCCUUGUUCUCCAAAUAGUUACAAUCGCCAAAAGUUCAAUGAACAUCCGAACAGUUUACAGUCAGCUGCUUAAGUCUGCGUAGCUUGAUUUUCAAUCCUUUCAUAGAGGAUCAUCCAAAUUUCCUGCAGAACAUCUUCCUUUGUUGUUGGAAUGAUUUACUCCCUUUUUUUAUGGCCAUAAUUCUUUUGAAUUCGCUCUGGACGGUAUUUUGGGUCAGCAGCUUUUAUUUAAGCGUAUACAUCGUAGUGUUGUACCAAUUCGCGAUCACGUGUAUCGAAUACUUCGCGGAUAAAGUUGAAGCUUGAGGUUUCUCGAACGGAAAAAAGGUUCAAGAUUGCGAUUACUAAUAUGUUUUUGGGUUGUCGAGGAUGUUCCCGAGAAGAAAGGAAUGGAUUUGUGAAAGCAGAUGUCGUCAAGUAAGUGUUCGUUUACAUGUAUUUGUGGGAUUGUUUGGCCCUUAAACCUCCGCGACUACAGUUUAUGCUCGGUCUGCAUUUUACUCCAACGUGCCUUUUACUCCGAGUCUGCAGUCCGCAUCUUACACACAGUCUUCGUUUUACCCCUGGUCCGCAGUCUGCAGUCUGCAGUCUGCAGUCUGCAGUCUGCGUUUUACACUGACCGGUUCCUGUAAUGCGCAAAUAUGAUUGCCGCUUCUGUUCGCUGGACUUGUCCUGACUCCUCAUUUGACAAUCGUACACAUGUGUAAAUGCUAUAGUUAUAUAUCUCAAGGGAAUAGUAAGCUUGCGUUUGAACGGAUUCUGGCAUUUUAAUUUUUAGAUUCCUUUUAAUAACACCAAGUAAUCGAUCUGCUUUUCCUGUAACAUUAGUUAUAUGGUCAUUCCUGGUCUUUCAAAUUCUGCGUCUCGGUUUGUGUGAUUUGAAGCUGCACAAAGUUUUAGCAGGAUAAUCUUAACUAGGUUAACGAAUUGUUAAUGCAAAUGCUGUUAAGCUUUGAGCGUACGACUUUACUCCUGGCCUUUGUUUUUAGGCAUGCAAGCCUGUAGCGGUGUUUAAAUACCUUCCACUGUGUCCAAGAUAAAAGGCGGCGCACUUGCUUAUAAACUGAUCUCCACGCGCCCUUAAUUGUCAUGCAAACAUUCGCGCGCCUGGACACUUGUUUUACGUGACUUGCACUCAGGCCGGCGUUUGGGGUUGUCCGAUUUAUUCGUAGAUUGAAGCCUCUAAAAAUGCAGCAGUUGGCUUUUGAGUGAGUUUGAUUCACAAAGCACUGUAGCAGAUACAUGAUGGAUAACUAGAUUCGUAAGCGAGAACUUGUCCAUUGAAUUCUUGUUAUCCAUAAAUGUGUGUCUUAUUAUUCUUUCAGGAUCCCAAAAAGCGAAUUUAGUGCUCGCUGCGAAAGUUGGAGCAGCUUGAUGUCAAGCAACUCUUCAACGUCCACAGUUGGAUCGCAAGUUCUUGUCACUUACUCCGAUUCCGAUGUCAGCUCUAACAAAGAAGCAAGGACGAUUAGUCGGUUGAAACUUGCCCUUGUGGCUGUGUCAUUCGGACUCCUCGUAAUGACUGUUCUGUUUGUAUGGCAAAUCACAAAGAGAAAUGAUUCUUCAGAGCAGGUUAGUUAAUUUUUAGACCUAGCCUUCCCACUUCUUUCUUUGGAAAAUAAAAUGUCAACGAAUGCUUCACAAAUGAAUUACUGUACUACAAAAAGCAUUGUUGACAUUAAUUUGCUUCACAAAUUAAAUUUAUCCUCUUUUAUACUACUUCUGAAUUAAGCUUUCAGUCAAAUUUUAUUUUUAAAAACUAAUAUGAAGAAUAUAUUACAAUAAGAAGUGCUCCUUGGUUAUUCAGGAUCUCGCACCAUAUCACCUGUGACCUUUACUUGUUUUAACGAGAACAAAUGUUGCGGCUGUAAUGAUAGUAAUGUGUUUAUGAGGCAGUAAAUUCCGAGUUUUCGAUUCUUUUACGGAUAAGUCUCAAAUAACGGAAUUAAAAAUAUCCGGGGCGAAAGUCAAAUUCCUACUUCGUAGGGUUGAUAAACUUUCACGCCAUGGGUGCCAUGUUUAAACUAAUUAUAACCCUCAUGUAAGUUGGCAGGUCUCGCAGGUUACGUAACCAGGUUCUAAAGGUAAUUUUAUAGUGGAUCCUCCAGAGACUCCGGGGACUUCGCACGCUAUAAAGUAUUCAUUAUUUAAUGAAGGAAAUCACAAAUAGAUAAGCAACUUCAAACCGAUUUCUUUACCACCUGUGUGUUAAAGGUAAUGGGACGUUUUAUAUACUGGCAAAUUCAAACUCUUUUCUGGUAGAUUUGUAUUUUUGGUCAAAUUAGUCUUUAUUUGGAGUAUUUCCUGACGAUUACGGCUGUGCUCCGGUACGUGAAAACCCGCCACGAAUUAACAAUCACAGUUAUUGAACAACUGCACGCAACCUUGACCUCGGCCAACGAAGUCGGCGUUGGUCCUCGAAGGCAUUCGACAAGGUGUCCCACCAACUCCUUUUGGCUGAUUUAGAUCUCCACGGAAUCCAUGUAAAUCUCAAGGAGUGACUUGAGAAAUGGCUGACUACUCGACACCAAACUGUGCUUGUUAACGGUUUAUUGUCUUUAUUGUCACCUGCAAUUUUCGCUUCUGUAAUUCCCGCCAGAUUAGGGAAGGCCCAGGGGACAGCGGUAGUCCUUAUGUGUUCCUUUUGUACACAAACGAUAUUGGCAAAAAUGUAAUAGCCAAAAGCGAGCCUUUUUGCAGAUGAUUACGCCGUGUUGUUUGGACAGUGAUCAUGAGACACAGUCACUAUAGAAGGUCAAGCACGCACGCACGCACGCGAGGCUGACCUCGUGGAAGUGCACCAUGCUAAAAUCCCAGGGUACGUCCACACGCAUCCUGAUACGCUGAAACCGCAUAUUUGAUAUUUGCCUCAACACGAAUUCGUUGUGGUCUACCCGGUUUGGAUUCAGUCGAGCACACAAAUACGCUAUUGCGAUUCAUCACAUUUGCUAACACCCUCGUACCCAGGUCUUCGUUCCCCUUGACAAGCGGUCGGUCAAUCCAGUGUGCGCAGUAUAGUAGGAGGUACGAGAUCGACUUGCUAAUUAAGUAGAUAGUAGGCAUGCGCAAACCGAGCCAGCGAUGUGAUUUGGCGGCUUUUUUUAAUGUUGUAGGUAUAUCAAGGACAAUGGCCAGGCCUGCCCGUACGUGAUCCCACCAGACACUUGUCUGCGCUGGACGAACCCAAAAUUCGACAAAAUCGUCUUUGACGAGGUUCAGAUCAGAAGAAGACGUUUUAAACUCCCUCGUCUCACACUAAAACAUUCCACAAUUUGGAUAAGAUUAAGUCUUCUUUUUAAAUGGGUAAUUGUUGUCGUCAAAAUAGCAAAAUUGAGUUCAACGCAGUCAAUAAGACUGGCGAUUACAGGCGGCAAAAAAGCAAAUAGAACAUUAGUGCCUGCUAUUGACCUUGAAAGUUUUCAUUUAAGACUGGACCCGAGUUUAUGACGUAGUGGACUGAAAUAUCCGGUUCCAGUCGUCCACACGAAUUCACCAAACCCGUCGAAUCUAAAAAAAUCCACUCUGGGCAGCGGUUUAGAAAAUAUGCGGUUUCGUUGUGCUGAUUCUCUGGGGAGCUUAAGCAACGGCGACGGCAACGAGAACGUGAAAAAGCAGUAGGUUUAGAUUGGAAAAACCACAACUUUGCCCUUGCAUCACCCGUUUUAGUACAUUUCUUUGGCGUCGCUGCACGACUACAACGUGAAAGUGCCUAAUUUCACGUUUUGUCAAGGACGUGAACAUAAGACAAUGACGUUCAUUUUCUUUUCCUGAACUUUGGUACAGUCUUUUAGAAUUUAACGCCAGAAAAAUUAUUCAACAGUUGACGAAUUGAACGAGUUGGAAUAAGCGCGAUAAAGUUUGAAGUAGCGCGAAUUCCCUUCGAGUGGUUGGAAGGCCGAUUCGUAUAAAAACGUAUGCGGUUUCAAAAGUAUCCGGAUUCGUGUGGACGAGGCCUUAAGCUCGAAAUCUCCAGUUGAAUGCAAGUAAACCAUUCAUGGGGAACCUUUGGAGUCCGCCAAAAUCACAAAUACCUUGGAAUUUUGCCGAUCCGUGUCCGAUCUACUGAUCUAAACUGGGGUGAUUGUAUCGCUGGUAUGAUGGGAAAGGCAAACGGCGCGAUCUUGCAGGGGGUGUAGGUAGAAUUUUCAGGAGGUACCUACAGUUUUUCAAUCGACCGCACCCCUUCGACGCGUAGGAAUUAUCUCUCUUGGUGUUAGGUCCGUGUUCCUUAGGAUAAAAAACACUGCAUUUUAUUUUGAAAAAAUCAUCUGACCUAAAAGUGAUUAUGAAAGUUUCAUUCCCAGUAAUCGAGAAUGAAUCUAUCAUGCCAGCAAACGUAGCAACAUAGUAGAGUUGAUGCAUUUUGUUUUAAAUGUUCUCAUUUUAUUUUAUUUUAUUUUUUGUUUCAGAAGCCUACAGUUGAUCCUUUAAAGAACCAGGUGGGUGGAAAGUAGUUGGAGAGAUAGUAAACUAAGUAAAAAGUAACAGAGAACAACCAAAAAAGGAAUGGAAAACAGACUGAAUCCUGAAUCACUUUAUUGUACCUUUCAAAACUAGAGAAACUGCUCCGAAGGCAUCGAUUUGAUGUUGAUUUCAGUUAUCUAAUAAAAAAAAAUUACUCCAUUUUUAUUCAUAUUUUAGAAGUACCUGGAAUUUAAAGCAUCUCCAUGUCCUAUAAUGAUGGAGAAAGUUGAGCCGCCAUUCCUACUUCCUGCUCAAGUUCAGCGGUAUCUCACACAAGCAAAUCGUAUCCUCGAAUCCUUUGAUGGACGCGAUGGCCUGGUAUGUUCAGUUAAAUAUUGAUCGGUUUUAUUUGUUCUGUACAUAGAUUUCUGAUUGAUGCGGCUGAUGAUGAUUUGCAAUUUUGUGAAAGAAUUAGCCAUAUCGUAAACUGCAGGCCGCUUAUUGCCCUGGGCUGAAACAUUGCACUAAGGGGUUUUAGGAGGGCUUAUAAACGCAGGGGCCUAUAACCAAAGGGACUUGUAUAUAACCGGAUUAGAAAAAGUGCUUCGAAAUAAGCUAUUGUAGUGAGUUCGAAAUACGUUUCGCAUUUAAUGGUUUUUACUUAAGCUUUAAAACGGCAUAAUAUAUAGCCUGCGAGCAAGCUCUGCGGGUUGCUCUAGCGGCGGUUAGAGCUUGCAACUACGUCUCUGGAAAUUCUAAUUCCACCUACAAUUCCCCUGUGGUUCCACGUCGACUGAGCUGUCAGAUUUCCGCCUGUCAGGGCGAAGUGGAAACGAGUGCGAAAGUAAACAAACAUUGAAAAACACUUGCCAAGGGUAAUUACAUCAUUACUACUGUCAUUUCUGCCAAUCAUCACUUCGCAUCGACUUUUCGGAUACAGAUCUUCAAAUUCCAGAGACGUAGUUGCAAGCUCUUCUUCCUUUUCCGCCCCGCCGCCAGGGUGCCCCGGAGAGCUUGCUCGCAGGCUACAUAACGUAUUGAAGUCAUGUCAAUAUAAGCUAGAGGGGGGCUUAUAAUCUAUAACUGGGGUCUUAUAAGGGAGGGGAAGGGGGGGCUUAUUGGGGUCAGUGUACGAUAGUGCGGCUCAUCCCGUGGAAUUACCUUUUGUCUUCUACAGGGAGGAAUUACUGCUAAUGUAGUAUAUCAAGACAGAGUUGCGUGGAGACAAAGUUAUGGAGUUAAAGAUAAAAAGCAGCUAAGCGACCCCCCUGAUCAAGAUACUGUAUUCCGUGUCGCCAGCAUUAGCAAAAUAUUUACUGUAAGUUUUUACCGGGUUUUAUCUAUUACCUGCACAAGAAACCGGUUCACGAUGUGAACUUCAAUUAAUCUAGUUAUACUGAUUACCUUUGCAGGUUUUUAAUUCACCUACAAGGACACCCUAAAUAACACAUUUAACGAGCUUUAACGGCCACCAUUGAAAAAAGUACGCUACAUUUAAGUUUUGAUAUAUUUAGCACAGGGGCCCCAUUUUACGUGGUCAUCCGAGCCACACUAAUGUCUAGCCGCGCCGUUUACAGGGCAAAGAAAGUACCUUAAUUACUCACAGUUAUUUUAAGACCCUGAGUAAUUGUCCAGCCCGGAGCCAUCCCGAGCUGUAGUCAAGCACUCUACCGGCUGUGCUAAUCCUGCCGCUAAUCCCGGUUGUCCUGUACAACUUAACUAACUGUAACCAAUGUCAUUUUUUCAUUUCAGAGAUACGUUUCUUUGAAAUUGUCUACCUCAAUAACUCUAAUGUUUGUAUCAUCAAAAAUGGUUCCAUUGAUUGUUAUUUCUGUACCCUUGCUGCCUAGUUUGCGGUUUUGAACAAGUUGUAGCAAAAGCUGAUCCCCCUUCCCCCCGACUUACCUUUGGUGUUCAGUGGCUGCUUUCGUACAAGAGGUCACCGUGUAUUGAUUUGUUUUUUAGGUUGUAACGCAGAAUUUUCUCAUUAUUUUAAACAACAAAUUGUGUUUUUGCUAGGUAUUAUUUGUAUUUAAACUCUUGGAAACUGGAAAUAUAGACUGUCUGGAUGAUCCUUUAGAACUUUACGAACCACGAUUUCAAGUCAAGAAUCCCUUCAACCAACAAAAAAUAACAAUCAGGUGAGAAAACUGAUGGUUUGCUUAAAAAAACUGUGCGGCCAGAACACUGACUCCACCUCCAGGAAAUGAAAAAUACAUUCUUCUUAGAGCCUGUGUAGGGUAGCCUUUUUGGACUAACUAAACCUAGAAUCGCUGGUAAACUGGGACAACGUUUCAGUGUCUCGGUGACGCAAUUUUAAGUUAAAGAACUAACAUUUUCUCUUAAUUAAUGUCCAGUCGGACUCUAUUCGGGAAAGACUAUUUGUGUGCCUUCGGAUAUUUCAUGUUUGUAAUGAUCUUGAGCAGGAAAUUAUAUCCAGCAGUUUAUCGACCAGACACCCUGAACUUGAAAAAGGCGUCACGAUGACACCGAAACGCCGUGGCCUUGUUGCCCUCAUCUUUCGUUGUAAUAUACUCAUCAGAGUUUUCAGUUAAUUGUUGGCCUCUCCUUUAUUUUCAUGGAAUGUAUGCAGCUUGAGUCAGUUUACUCUAUUAUCUUCCUCUGCAGGCAAAUUUUAUCUCACACCUCAGGUCUGCCUCGUGAGGUACCUUGUACCGAUUCGUACUCAUACAGCACAACUCAUUUGUGUCCUGUUAACAACUCUUAUGUCCUUCAACAACUGAAACACAUGGAGCUGAAAUCCCCUCCAGGAAAACUCCCACACUAUAGGUAAAGAAAUACUAUUGUGCUUUUAUGAAAAUGUUGGUACAGUGAUAUCCUCCUUUAUAGCAAUGUGAUAAUGAUAAUGGUGUCAAUGAUAAAGGUAAAAAGUAAAGCAACCAUAUUUUACGUCGAUAGCUCGUGAUAGUAAUUCAACCGAUAAACUUGAAGUCGACGGUGCGCUCAUUUUACCCCCCUCUCUCCAUCAAUGCUUCGUUUUAAGGGUACUUAAAGCUAGUUAAAGCUACACAGAAAGGAGCGAAGUCAAAACAAGGAUGUGAUGUCACCGGGGAUCGAAAUCGGGACCUCGCGCACCGAAGGCCGCGUACUAGCCUGCUAUGCCAUGGUUGCUCCUAAAUGAUGAUGAUAUCUGAUGGUGAUGAUAGUGAUGAUGAUGAUGAUGAUGGUGAUGAUGAUGAUGAUGAUGAUGAUCCGAAUUCGUGUGGAUGUAUUAUAACUGAGUUCGAUCAGAAACUUGUGUUAUUACUACUUUGCCUUUUUUUAUAGACAUUCAUUAACAUGAGUAGAGAAGGUAUCGAUUUAAGCAGCUGACCCUUUUGUCUUUUUAUCCAUUCUUCAGUAACUUGGGCUAUGCCUUGCUUUCACGCCUAUUGGCCGAGAGGUUUGCAAAUAACGAUUACGAGGGAUGGGUACAAAGGAAUAUUUUCACUCCACUCGGAAUGAGAAACACAGGUUUCAAUCUUGACAGGUAGGGAAACAGAAACUUUGUGUCUUCUUGCUGUCAUCACCUCCUAGAGAGCGUUUUCACAUGGCGUCAUGGCAGCCAUAUUGGUGUUCCAAAGCAAUGAAAUGGUGGUUAUGUUGCUGUUCCAAACCAACCCUUUUCUUACUUAAAGGCUUUCUCUUGUUCCAAUGAAUUUGCACAGAUGCAGGCCACGUUAGUGAAAACGCUCUAUACUUGAGGAGUUCGCCAUAUGGUGAAUAAGUUUUAAACUUUUGAGUCUUGCGCUGUAAUACCCCAUACUGCAGUCAACGCACCAGGGCAGAUAUUACCUUAAAUAAACUGUUUUGGUAUCAUGCGCCCGAGGUUUACCUACCCCUUUCUCUGAUCCCAACAAUAGGAAAACUUUAAAACUUCCGCAAGUGGGUCAGUGAAAAUAAAGUUUAUUUGCUUUAUCACAAUAUACUUAUUCACCGUGUAUGUGUUAAGCUGCCGUAUCUGACCUCUAAAGAUGAAUACAAAAUUGCAGAAUGUCCUCAAACAAAGCGUUCGGUUACUAUGACGAUCACCAGGCUCCCUUGGUGGACUGGGACUGGGCAUCACCAGCCAUACAAGCUUACUCCACAGCAAACGACCUUUACAAGGUUUGACAUCCUCUGUAUUUUUUAAAAAAUCACUAACUUUCAGUUAAGGAAAUAUUUAACAAUUAAUGAAUGAGUCUGAGUGGCGGAUAACACCCUCACCCUCCUCGUUCUCGAUAAUUCAUCAUGUGAUACGAAACAGAAUUCAAUAUUUGUUUCAUUAUUAUUUCAAAAUAAUUCCUAGGUUAAAAACAUGGCUAAAACAUGCUUACCUCCAUCGUUGUUAAGUUCACCUUUGAUAGUGCACGUUUAGGGUUGUCCAGCUCCGCAAAUAUUCUCCAAAUAGCAGAUGUCGCCCUUCGAGUUGUGUUCUUGCUGUUCUUGUCAUGUUUUUAGCUAUAAUUUUGCCUAGUUCUUACUCUUGAAACGAGUGAAAUGUACGCCAUUUUUUGUUUUCACAACCAAAACAACUCAGCCUCGUCCCCAGGUCUUCUCGGUUAACGGUGCAUUAACCUGCAAGAACGCUGCAUUUUUGACGUCAUUUCCCCAUUAAACACAAAAUUCUCCCAAAUUUGGUCAUCAGUAAAUGGUUAUGGUGAAUUAUGCGUGUGCCUUUAGCUAAUCAGAAUCGGGGAAAUAUUGGUACCACGUGCUCGGAAAUGGUCAAUGUCAACCUAUCAACGAAAUAAAUCCAUAAUGGUAUAAUUCUUCAUUUUUGCAAUAUGAUUAAUCGAAAAACCCCAAAUGAAGCAAUCAAUUACUCAGCCAAAAAAGUCAAGCUAUAUGGCUUGCAGCGGGACUGUUCUCCUGAUAACUUAAGCUGAUUGUUUUAUUAGUGCUAAUAUUGUAUCACCUUUUUAUAUUAUUAACUCUCGAAUAUCUUAUUUUCCUGUAUGUAUAGCUUAUGACGCUAUUAUUUGGUAAAUCGUCGACAAGAAUACUGAACAAACAACUUAUUCAGGAGUUAAUGAAACCAGGUUUGUAAGCGUCCAAGACUUUUAAGUGAGGAGUCUCUCAACAGCUCGGGCUUGCUGUUAAGUGAACUGUAAUUUAGGCUAGCGAGUACAUAAAAAGAGGAUUGUGAUAAGUGUAUGUUAUAGGAUUGCAUGAUGUGCGUACGCUUUGGAAAUAAUUGGAUCAAAAAAUUACCGAGGAAAACCAAAAUUGACGAUGCCGGGACUCAGGCACUAUUGCCAGGUCUACUCGUGCACCACUGAAGUGUGAAUAGCCUUCUAUAUAAGAAGGACAUUUAGUGCUGGACCCAAAAGUGUCCAUCUUGGAAAGCGUCAGCUUUAUAAAUUACAAAGCACUAGUAUAGUAUGAUGAUAUAGGAUAUGGAUAAGCAGCUUUUUUUAAAGAACAGCAUUCCCUUUUUUUGUCAAUCAAGAAAGAGAACAGUUCUUCUCCUACACAUUCUAGUAAGUGUGUCAUGCUACCAAAUAUCAGCCCAUGGAUAAGUAACAUCAAGUUUGUAAUUGUAAGUUACUUUGUAAUUGUCUUGUAGAUUUCAUGUAUCCAGAUGGCACAACAGUAUUCGGCACUGGUUGGGAAAUCAAAGACGCUGGAACGUACUCGGUGUUAAUGAAAACCGGAUAUAUUCCUGGCUAUUCAGCUGGGUUUGCCUUUGUUCCAGAAUUCAAGCUAGGUUAGCUAAGAUCUAUUUGCUGCUCCAGCUGCAAACAAUUUCUUUAAUGUCUCCGUCCUCCUGCAAACACUUUUUUUGCUUGCAUACAAUUUAUUUUAGUGUUAACAGUCUCUACAAACGAUUUAUUUCAAAAUUUUCCACUCCCCCCCGGUCAAAAAAAUAAUGGUUCGUCCCAAGCAUCCCAUCCCGUUGGAGGAGAGGAAUAUUAAUACUCAUAGAUGCUUCAUGCACUGAAACCGGGAUAAGUUCUGGCCACGUGGAGCAGAGGCUGGUGUGCGUGUUUACCUUUACCUAACUGAUUACUCUUGAAAACAACUGAUAACGAAACGGGUAAAUCUGAAACUCGGGUUGAACGAAUUUUCUCAAAUAUUAACGGCACUCUGUAGUCGACUUAUUCCGGAACACUCGCGUCAAAGCAAUAUGACGUCCAAUCCCCAGGUUAAGAUGGAAAGGACCGUUUUGUAUAAUUGUGCAUGGAAAUCAAAAUGGAGAAUGAUGAUGAUGAUGAUAAAUGACGUUGAGUUGUUGUCAAGAUUAUUUUCAUAAUAUUUCUGUAGGUGCCAUUGUUCUAGCCAGCGGUCGUGAAUUUGCCGGAACCGCAGCUCUUUCGAUCGUUGAGACGCUGGCUAAAGUUAUGGAUGCAGUUUUAUUACAUGAACAGCUUCAGGUAUUGACGAUCUCAUCAAAUGUUUUCUGUUCUAAAACUGGCCAUACUACCUUCACCACAUUACAGAGGUUGUAAAAUACAUCUAUAUGAUUUGGGACCUUCUGGGUGGACAGACGUUACCUUCUGAUUGGUUAAUGGUUGCCUUGAAUACCAUCAGCCAGUCAUAACUAACGCAUUUCCACCGGAACGAUCCCAGAAAUCACUGCGCUCAAAUCUUGUACCCAUUCUCAAGAGUUUCAGAAGUGGGAAAAGACAAACGUUGUCUGAUUCUGUCUGCAAAGACACGCGAAGUUACCGGAAGGCCAUGUUUGUAGUUUAAAAAUAAUAACCUCGCAGUUGUCUGUGCCAUAGAAUGUUAUGAAACGUCACAAACGUUUACUUUGCUGAAGUAUUUGGUAAUUCUUUGUUAUGAAGUUACCCAUAGUGCUCUGCAUUCUUAUCGCUUAUUUGCCACUGCACAUCUCCCAUAAUGCACCUUAUUUGCCCCCCAAAAUUUUGCAUAAGCAUUAAUUUCAAUUUCUCUUGGGACGGCUGUAAUACCAGGAGAAAUGAAAAACGAAGGUUAUGCAAAAUUUGGGGGGCAAGUAAGGUGCAUUAUGGGAGAUUUGCAAGUGGCGAAUGCUUUCUGACCACGUCUAUUGAAAUAGCUGUAUACUGCAGAACCAAGGUGUUCCACAUGCGGAGUCUUACAUUUGAAAGUUUCUAUUUCUUGUUCUAUUACAUUUAAUGGCUGCGCCUCUCCUUACGUAACAUCUUGGUUUUUUUAAUUUCUUAUUCUGUGUUAUGGGUCCCAUCAAUCGUCUCGGAACAUGUCAAAAAGAUGUCGCGAUCUUUGCCGUAAUACUUUGUACCCCCAGAUAUGGAUGUUCCUACCUUUUUUCUAAGGAAGCAUCAUAUAUAAUUUCCUAUCUCGUUUUCCUCUCUAGAUUGAAGUAACUCCAAAUAGGAAACAAUACAUUGGGGAGUAUGCAAUCGUGUCACGUUGGAUACCAGAAGUGAUUGUUAACAUAACUGAAGACCGUGGACUUCUUCUUUUUACGCAGAUUCCAAGCUCUCUAGGGUUCUCCUAUCUAAAGCCCAUAAGAGGUCAUGAGUUUGAAAUCAUUUACAGAAGUGGAUUGGAAUGCAGCGUAUAUGGAAUGGGACAGAAUCGCGAAAGAGUCAUUUUCGAUCCACCUUCUGAAUCUGGGCAGAGCCUUAGCUUAAAGUUUGGGCCGUUCAUAUUCAAAAGAACGUUACAGCAUCGCGCGCGAAAAGCGAGCGCUUUAAAUUCAAAAUUAUCUCCGUCUGGUCUACUUUGAUCACAUAAGACUGCGUCGUAUAAGUGUGAUCGCAUGCAACAUGCGUUCUGCGCACUUGCACAAGCUGUAGUCUAAAGAUUUCCUAUCAUCGCUCAAGAUCACAGACUCUCGAGCGAUGAUGAUAGUAAAAAAAAACAACCCUUAGCUUGGUUACAAAUUUAAACCUUACUUUGCAUCUGUCGUAUGCGACUGUUGGAAACAUACGACAGAUAAAAAGAUAACACUUGCGUUUGUUCCUUUUGAAGAGAGCAACUUUGACUUGUCAAAUGUGACACAUACAAGCAACAAUGCUGUAGUGUCGAACGGUACUUGCAUGGUAAAGCAAUCAAAUUUCUUGUAAUGUGUGAUGCUGUUUCAUUAUAUGACAGAAGAGAAAUUUUAAAAAUUUUAAAGUUUAUCAGUGCCUGAUAAACCUUUAUAGCUUGGUGAAAAUGUGUUAAAUCACAUAAAAUUUUGUAAAAUAUGGUAUUUUUUACACAGCCCCUCGAUUUAUCCAAUACCUCGUGCGGAAUGUGUUCUUAUUCAUGCGAAAAGAUAAUUACGUUAUUCUU